CUCCCAUGUCCCUGAAUAACCCUUUUCUCUGUCAAGCAUUCAAACCAUUCCCGUGCAAAGCCAAGCACUUCUGACACCUCUCUAAAACGCACAUACACACUUCACUGCGUGAAGUCUUUCUCUCUCUUUUUACACUCCCUACAUAUUUCAGGAGUGCAGCAUACUGUUCUUGUCACUCUAAAUUUGUUCCAAAUUGUUGUCUUUUUUGACUGAGAAAAAAACCCAUUAAAGUAAAGAAAACAUCAUGGGAUUUUCCUCCAUGUUGAUUUUCCUGUUUUCAGUUGUAGCUUUGCUGCUCUUUCAAUUCUCAGAGUCUGCAACGGUAGUGGUCGAUGGAGUUUCAGAAUGGAAAAACCCUCAGCUUCAAGUGGGAGACUCUGUCAUUUUCCAGCACAAAUAUCACUACAACCUCUACAUUUUCAAGAACCAGAAAGCCUUCACUCUAUGCAAUUUCACUCAAGCUACGCUCUUGACAAACCCCAAUUCAACUUCUUACACAUGGCACACUUCACGCCCUGGAUUCUUCUACUUCUCCUUCAACAAUGGAUCAAAUAAAGCAUGCCUGGGAGGGCAAAAGCUCGCCGUGAAGGUGUCGUCAUCGUCUUCGCCGCCGCCUCAAAUUCAAGCAUCCUCCCCUGAGCAGCCACCACAAAUGGCAGCGCCGCCUCCCACCUCUGGAGGAAUUGUGGCUUCUUCUCCGGCAUUUCCUUGGCCGUUUCAGCCCCGAGAAAGUGCUUCGCCCAGCCCUGCACCCAGUUUAUCAGCCACCGCCGCCAGCCCCGUCGCCCCUGAUGGAGAAGGCAUCCCAUUUAUCAACAGCAACCCUACAGUGCCUCUACCUACUGGUGAAGUUGAUUCUGCUACAAUUCGUCCUUUGCCCACAUCUGGUCAUCGACAUCCCCGACAGAUGGUGCAGGUGGUGGGGUUUUCUGGAGUUGAGAGAGCUUUGUGUUGUGCAAUUUUAAUGAUGCUCUAGAGAGAGAGAGAGGAGAGAGAAAGUCAUGUUUGAAUAUUCUAAAGUGGGUGAUGGAAUAUGAAUAUGAUUAUGGGGGAUGUAAUAUUAUUACUAUCCAAUUCACCCUACUUUGGAAUCAUUACCACUUUCUUCUUUUGUUUUUGCAAAGCUGUCGCUUCAUUUCUUUU